GAGGUAGCUCGCGAUGAACUUACACCGAAGCCCGCAUCCUAUAAAUUGCCUUCAAUCCGAGUCUUUAGCAUAAGCGACACCCGCUGCUAAACUUUUUUUUUUGUAUAUAUAGCACAACAUAUAAAUGAACCAUAAAUUAUAAAGAAAUAUUCCAAGUUUUCUACCAAUAAAUAAGAUAAGCAUCUUCGUCAUGUGGAAACCACACGCUCCACCUCCUCCGCGAGUCACGAAAUCCCCAGACCCAGACUCUGAGUCGAAACAGCGGAACGUCCGCCGCAUUGCCCAGAUUGUCAAAUUAAAACCUGAAUUUGUGGACAAGUAUAAAGAGGUCCACGAUGCCGUAUGGCCCGAGGUCUUACAGCAGAUAAAGGACUGCAAUAUACGAGACUAUAGCAUAUAUCACGAUCCUACCACGGCUAUCCUUUUCGCGACUUUUAAGUAUGUUGGAUAUGACUACGCCGGUGACAUGGAACGCAUGCGCAAAAACCCUAAGGUUAGGGAGUGGUGGGCUAUGACAGAUGGCUUUCAAGAGAGUAUAGUACCCGGUGCUCAGAAUAGCGAAUCCGGCAAUCCGGCGUGGUGGAAAGUACUUGACGAAGUAUUCUACUUAGAAUAGGCGGGAUCCUUCCGACUUCGAGGGCAACGAAAAACUUAUCGUAUAAAUACCACACCCCCAAUGAAAAGUGUUCGUUAGUAGUAGCGAGUA